GUGCGGGUGGCCGGGCCUGGGCGCCGCCAAGCUCCGCCCGCGGGCGCUCCCGGCUUCCCCGCCCCGCGCCUGCCCUGCGCCGGUCCCGGCGCUCCAGCCCCACUCCGCCGCCGCCAGCCGCCACGAGGCCGACAGACACAGGGGUGCCCUUGAAAGUUCCUGACAGAAGUGUGACCCCGGCCGCUGGGCCUCGGGGAACGCAGUGCAGGGCUCGAAGCUUUCAUCUGUGAGCUGGGAAACUUCCCUGCCAGCACCGUCCUCUCUGAGGCCGCCUCGCAGGUGCCACGAUGCAGGUGAAGAAGUACCUGGUCAAGUGCCUGCACCGGCUGCAGAAGGGCCCCGGCUACACCUACAAGGAGCUGCUGGUGUGGUACUGCGACAACACCAACACCCACGGCCCCAAGCGCAUCAUCUGCGAGGGGCCCAAGAAGAAAGCCAUGUGGUUCGUGCUCACGCUGCUCUUCGCCUCCAUCGUCUUCUGGCAGUGGGGCGUCUUCAUCAGGACCUACCUGAGCUGGGAGGUCAGCGUCUCGCUCUCCGUGGGCUUCAAGACCAUGGACUUCCCCGCGGUCACCAUCUGCAACGCCAGCCCCUUCCAGUAUUCUAAAGUCAAGCAUUUGCUGAAGGACCUGGAUCAGCUGAUGGAAGCCGUCCUGGAGAGGAUCGUGGCUCCAGAGCUACCCCGUGCCAACGCCACCAGAGCCCUCAACUUCACCCUCUGGAACCAUACGCCCCUGGUCCUUAUUGACGAGCGGAACCCCCACCACCCUGUGGUCCUCGACCUCUUUGCAGACAAUCACAAUGUCUCGGCAAGCGGCAGCCCAGCACCCGGAAGGGCCUGCAAUGCCCAGCAGUGCAAAGUAGCCAUGAGGCUGUGCUGCCUCAACGGGACCGUGUGCACCUUCCGAAACUUCACCAGCGCCACCCAGGCCGUGACAGAAUGGUACAUCCUGCAGGCCACCAACAUCUUCUCCCAGGUGCCAACCCAGGAGCUGGUGAAGAUGGGCUACUCGGGCGAGCAGCUGAUCCUGGCCUGCCUGUUCGGGGCCGAGCCCUGCAGCUACAGGAACUUCACCGCCCUCUUCCACCCUGACUACGGCAACUGCUACAUCUUCAACUGGGGCACGGCCGAGCGGGCGCUCCCCUCCUCCAACCCCGGAGUGGAGUUCGGCCUGAAGCUGAUCCUGGACCUGGGCCAGGAGGACUAUGUGCCCUUCCUCACGUCCACGGCCGGCGCCCGGCUGCUGCUCCACGAGCAGAGGUCGUACCCCUUCGUCAAGGAGGAGGGCAUCUAUGCCAUGUCGGGGACGGAGACAUCCAUCGGGGUGCUGGUGGACAAGCUGGAGCGAAAGGGCAAGCCCUACAGCCAGUGCACCGUGAACGGCUCCGACGUCCCCAUCCACAACCUCUACAGUGACUACAACACCACCUACUCCAUCCAGGCCUGUAUUCGCUCAUGCUUCCAAGACCACAUGAUCCAGAACUGCAGCUGCGGCCACUACCUGUACCCCCUGCCCCGAGGGCAGAAGUACUGCAACAACCAGGAGUUCCCAGACUGGGUCUACUGCUACUCGCAGCUGCGCCAGAGCCUGGGCCAGAGGGAGGCCUGCAUCCGGAUGUGCAAGGAGUCCUGCAAUGACACCCAGUACAAGAUGACCAUCUCCAUGGCCGACUGGCCUUCUGAGGCCUCUGAGGACUGGAUUUUCCAUGUCUUGUCUCAGGAGCGGGACCAAAGCACCAAUAUCACCUUGAGCAGGAAGGGAAUUGUCAAACUCAACAUCUACUUCCAAGAAUUCAACUAUCGUACCAUUGAGGAGUCAGCAGCUAAUAACAUCGUCUGGCUGCUCUCGAAUCUGGGCGGCCAGUUUGGCUUCUGGAUGGGGGGCUCGGUGCUGUGUCUCAUCGAGUUCGCGGAGAUCGUCAUCGACUUCCUGUGGAUCACCGUCAUCAGGCUGGUGGCCUUCUCCAAGAGCCUGCGGCAGAGGCGGGCCCAGGCGCGCUACGCUGGCCCCCCACCCACCGUGGCCGAGCUGGUGGAGGCUCACACCAACUUUGCCUUCCAGCCUGACACGGCCAACCCUGGGGCCUACCCCGAUGAGCAGACCCUGCCCAUCCCGGGCACCCCGCCCCCCAACUAUGACUCUCUGCGUCUGCAGCCAUUGGACGUCAUUGAGUCUGACAGUGAAGGUGAUGCUAUCUAGGCCUUGCCCCUGCCCCUGCCCCUGCCCCUGGCCCUGCCCAACCUGGGCAGUCCAAGAACUCGGACCUGAGGAGCCGAGACCAGGGCCCAAGGCCUCAUUCCAUCGUGCCCUCUCCAAAGGGCCAACAGGUGUCCGGUCGAGUCUGUCUCUUGCAGAGAGGCCAGCAGUCCCAGCCCCAGGCCGAGGGCGCCGUAGGCUCGCGGUGCUGUCGGGAGUGGGGAAUUGUGUGCUCAGUUGGUUUCUACCCACCCUAACCUUGAGCCAGGCUCCAGAGACCCGAGGACACCUUCCCCGGGGGCCGGCCGCUUCCCUCCAGCCAGUCGGCGUCCGCUCCAGAGCCGGGCCACCCCCAGAACCUGCGGCCUUUCCUUCCUGGUGGCUGGCCUCCGGGGUGGGAUCGGUGAGGGCAGUGGCUGUGCAGAGCAGGAGAGCAUCAGGCGGGCCGGGGCUGGCUGCCAGGUGGCACGUGUUUUAUUCUAGAAAAUAAAAGUAGAAAACACCG